UUAUCAAAGUAAUAAAAAAAAGUUUUCAAACCAGACGUUCUUGCGUUAUUUUUCAGUGGGAUGUGCGCCAAAUUUUCAAAUUGACAGCGGAAUUCAAGUAUGAGAUUGAAAAUGUCAACGAAUGCAACCCCCAACACACACACAUAAUGCACCAACGCGCUUCUUUUCUCUAUUUUAUCACCUCGCAGUCAUGAGCAAAGUUGUUAUUGUUACAGGAGCUAGUCGCGGUAUUGGCCGUGCCGCUGUCUUGGAAGCUUUGACCAAAUUCGACUCUCGCGUGAUUGCUAUUGCUCGAAGCACUACUGGACUUGAGCAACUUCAACAACACGUGUCAACACUCAAUAAAGCUGAUCAACUUGAAGUGGUUGUGGGUGACGUAACCAACCAAGACGUUGCUCGUAAAGCUAUUCACAUUGCUUUGGAACGUUGGGGUCGUCUUGAUUCAGUGAUUGCUAAUGCAGGUGUCAUUGAACCUAUUGCUACUAUUGCCAACUCUUCUGUAGAAGACUGGAAGACUUUGUUUGACAUCAAUGUGUUUUCCAUUGUCUCUCUUGCACAACUCGCUUUGCCUCACCUUCGCAAGUCUGAGCAUGGCUCCUUUAUCACUGUCUCUUCAGGUGCUGCUAUCAAAGGUUAUCAUGGCUGGGGUGCUUAUGGCUCAUCCAAGGCUGCUGUGAACUUGAUCAACAGUACUUUAGCAGUAGAAGAACCCAAUGUUACUUCUAUCGCCAUUCGUCCUGGCGUUGUUGACACAGAAAUGCAAAACAUGAUUCGUUCUACCGGUGCUUCUGGCAUGAAAGACGAUCAUGCCAAGUUUAUUGAACUUCAUCGUGAUGGCAAAUUAGUGAAGCCUGAAGAUCCUGCUCAUGUAUUGGCUGCCUUAGCCAACCAACCUCCCAAACACUUAUCAGGCGGUUUCUUUAGUUGGAAUGAUGAAGACAUGAAGCCUUUUAACCGUGCUAAAUAAAGAUGCCUUACAAAAAUGAUGUUUAA